GCCGUUAGUCAACUCCGCUUUGCAUUAAAAAAUUACUCCUCCGAUCUCUUUUAUUUUUCUCUUCUCCGGCGACUUCCUUCACUCUCCUCCGAAUCUGAAUGAGUUUGUGAGCCGUGGAGAGGGAGGGAAGGUGUCCACUUCCAUACAAUGGGAAAAGCAUCAGCUCUGCUUCUGUUUCUAUUGUCUUUCGGUUUCUUCGUUGUGACAUAUAAUCUUCUCACACUCAUACUCCACAACAGAUCUGGUCUGAAUAAUAACUCAGAUGGAACUCGUCCAAUCCUAGAUCCUAUUGUCCAAAUGCCUCACAGAAACUCCCAACAAACCUCUUCAGCACCAUUUCAUGUUGCCUUAACAGCUACAGAUGCUCCUUACAACAAGUGGCAGUGUCGUAUUAUGUAUUAUUGGUAUAAGCAGAAGAAAGCUCUUCCUGGUUCUGACAUGGGUGGGUUUACACGUAUUUUGCAUUCCGGUAAUACUGAUAACUUGAUGGAUGAGAUACCAACUUUUGUGGUUGAUCCUCUUCCUCCAGGUGUUGAUCAGGGGUAUGUUGUGUUGAAUAGACCGUGGGCGUUUGUGCAAUGGCUUGAAAGAGCUACCAUCAUCGAAGACUAUGUGCUGAUGGCAGAGCCUGAUCAUGUUUUUGUUAACCCUAUUCCUAAUUUGGCUGUUGGAGGAGACCCAGCUGCUUUUCCGUUUUUCUAUAUUACACCUGAGAAGUUUGAAAACAUUGUUAGAAAGUAUUAUCCUGUGGAGAUGGGUCCAGUUUCAAAUAUUGAUCCCAUUGGCAAUUCUCCUGUUAUCAUUAGCAAGGAAUCACUUGAAAAGAUUGCUCCUACAUGGAUGAAUGUGUCGUUGACUAUGAAAAACGAUCCAGAUACUGACAAGGCAUUUGGAUGGGUUCUGGAAAUGUACGGAUACGCAGUUGCCUCGGCUCUGCAUGGGGUGCGGCACAUACUUCAUAAGGAUUUCAUGCUCCAGCCUCCAUGGGAUCUGUCUACCAAGGGCAAGUAUAUCAUCCAUUACACUUAUGGAUGCGACUACAACAUGAAGGGUGAGUUGACUUAUGGGAAAAUAGGAGAGUGGCGAUUUGAUAAGAGAUCGCAUCUACAAGGUCCUCCUCCAAGGAACAUCUCCAUGCCUCCUCCAGGUGUUCCAGAAAGUGUGGUGACUCUAGUGAAGAUGGUGAAUGAAGCUACAGAAAAUAUUCCUAAUUGGGACACUCUCUAACUCACAUCCACAAGCACACAAACCAUAGAAAGGACAAGGAAUCCAUACA